AUGCCCAGAAAGACUGACGCGACUCCCAGAAGGCCUUCUGGCUUCAAGCCUUUACAAAGAAGGUUAUUUUCUCAUGACUCGACAAAUACCUCUUCAAGUCAAUCAGAGAGCCUGGUAGGAGAGUCUGGUGAUAGUGGAAAUGAUGAAGGACGGAGGCAUACCCGACUAGCUUCCAAAGCGUCAACCUUGCAGACGUUUAUGAAUAGACGAGACGAUCCGUCCUCGGAAAAGAUCGUCGCCGGUAAUUGGACUGAAGAGCCCUUGGUUCAGUCGCCGGUCGUGGCUCCUGACGAAGACGUUUCUUACGUUCUAGAAAAGAGUACACCGCCUCCGAAGCUCGUUUCUUCUCUAAGAUCUGAUACUAAGACCUCCAGCUCGACUCCCGCUUCAGAAAAAUCAGGUGCGCCGCCAUCGAGGACACCAUCUAGAGUACGCUGGGACAGGUUACGCCAGCAUGUCGUUCCUUCAGCUACAUCUCGCCCCGAUUCACCCUCUUCAGCAGCAUCGCAUACAAGCAGUACUCAGACUUUACCGCCUUCUCGUCCUCAAACUCCAAAGCCUUCUCGUCUGGCGAGGUUAGGCUUUCGGCAGGUCGUCGAGCAUGCUCGUGAAGCUGCUAUUGAUGAUUCUCGUAAAUUUUCAGACGAAGUGUUCCGAAUAUGCUGGACUGCUCGGACGGAUGAGGCUCCUAGCGUUGCGCAGAGUGACCGUGAGCCGACAUUGGGAACUAUGGGGUCUUCUUUGUAUCUGCCUUUCAUGUCCAAUUCGGCACUGUCCUCGGCCACAAAUAUGAGUACAGCUACUCUCAAUCAGAAGAAUGAUAUUCGUAGACCGCAAUCCUUAUACUCCUUGGCGCAGAUAUCUUCAACCAAAUCUUUGCAUGAAGCAGUCCUUCGUUACUCUUCUCGGAAUCCAUCGUGUCUACCGCACGAAAAUAUCGCUUUAUCCACAUUAUUAGUUCCGUUCGUGUCUCUGGAUAUUGGAAAGUCUAUGGAAGAAGAUAGGUGGCUUGCAAUCGAGGCUUUUGAAGUCGCCGUGAAGGCUUGGAAACCUGCAUCUCAUGAGUUUGCUGUUCAACGCUGUCUAUGGUGCUGUAAAGCCGCAUCCAAUCCUUCUUCUGUGAGGAACAGGAUUAUCGGUGUACUGACAUCACUAUUAUUCCCGCGGGAUGGGUCUUUCAAAGUUAAUGCCCCCGAUGACUUUCGGUCUUUGGUACGGGCUCUCUUUUCUCUCCUUGCAGCUAUGUCUGUUCAACAUCAAAAUCUCUCUGAAACGGCCGUAAUCAAAGAGCUGAUUUCGCAAAUACGCUCAGGAACAUGCGGUGUUUUAGCCACAUAUUUAUUGGAAGCAGAAGUCGACGGGAAGCUGCCAGCAGACUUCGACGAGGCAGAUGUAAGGAAUAUGUUUGUAGCAGAAGCUCUAGUCCAAAGCAUAAAUUUUGGCGUGGAGUCACACCGGAGGUGGAUUUUCCAUAAUUAUUUGGAAGUGUAUUGGCCACAGCCGAGAUCAUCAGCACCUCUUAAUCCUUUGACUGAAUCGAUAAAUGUCCGCAAACUUAUCACUUUUAGCUAUGCAGCAUUAGCUCUCCUCCCUAAAAAGGUUAUCGAUGCCAGUACUAUGAAGGACGCGGAGCUCGUUGUUUACAUAUUACAAACGCGAGUAUUCAUCGAAGUUCAAUGUCUCACAGGAAAGCAAGCUAUUGAGGUCCGGAAACAAUAUGUCAAAGUGAUACUGGAUAUACUCCGCCUAGCCGAUGCUCCGAAUUUGUCCGGUUUUGCAGAGAGAAUCAUCUCACAAUGGUAUAAUGAAAAAUCAGAGUGGCAGGAUAGUUUUGAAAGGACGAUUCAGUGCUGUCUUGCCAAUGAUGAUUGGCCUGUCAUCUUGAAGCUCCUGUCCACCUUAUUCAAAGUACUUCCUGACAGUGUUCGCAGACCUCUGUUCACGGAAUCUAUGUCAUCCUUACAUGAUAGACUGGUUAUAGAUCCACCCCCUUAUCCUUGUUUACCUCUCUCCCGAAUUUUGGGCGAUAUUGCCCAAGUCUACCCUCAACUCUUCUUCAAACCACUGUUUGCAUGCGCUGCGUCGACCAAAGAGCUGGCUAUUGUGAAUCAGCUCUUGAUUUUAACAGCUUUAUCUCGAUUUUCUCCAGAUUUUUGGAUCCGAGAUCCCGAAAUGAUUUGCGUCGCGCUCAUCAGUGGAGUCGGGGGGGAUGGAACGGGAAAUGGGGAGCUAUCGUGGGGAAAAGUCAGGUUGGGUCAGAUGGUCAUACUAACUGAGCUGAUCGCAUCGGUCGAACGUUCACACCAAGUUCAUAAUGGCUUGCUGUAUCCAGAUUCUCUGACUGUAACUGCAGUGAGGUUCUUCUCUGUUCUGGAGGCUAGGCUUGGAAUCAUUUUAGAGGCGAUGGAGCAUACUACUUUAGUGCCUUUAUCGCAACGAAUAUUGCUCCUCGUACUUUUUAAUCAGAUUAGACUGUUUACUCGGUCCCUCAAGCGAUUAGGAUGGUAUUCGAUUGCUAUCACUUGGCUUCUGCAAUCAGAUGUUGGGGCCGAAAUUCAAGGAUUGGAGGAUCCAAUCGAUGAAGAUGCGUUAGACGAGAUAGUCAACUCGAUGAACAAAUUGGAAGCGCUAUACAUAACAGCACAAGAGGGCUUACGGGUAUCUCAUCAGCGCCGAAGUACUAUGGUACUGCCCUUCAAACAUGACGGCAGUAUCUUUCGUAGUAACAUUGCGGACGGAAAUACAGAAAUUAUGACUAUCUUUUCUGCAAGGGCACAAUUCAUUGCAUCGCUUCCCAGGAAUGUCAUUCUUCCUACUCUCGAGCUCCUCGUUACAAUCUCCAUGUCAUUGCUUGUUGACGAUUACAAGCGAAUUGGACCGUUCCUAUGGACACAGUGCCUCCAUAAUGUUGAUCAGCGAGUGACAUGUUCCGUUUUUAUGCAAUGUAUAGAGAAGAACGCUUCAGAUUUCUUGUCACUUAUAAAAAGCGAUCUGUGCAGUGAUCAUGUCACGAAACUUCGUUCUAUCCAGGGAAUGGGUACGCUGAUAAAUCAGCGGUUUCAGAUAUUAUCACAGAAUUACAUUGUGGAUCGAAAAAGUCGCAGGCCCUUCAAGCUAGCUCGAGAUCCACUUCCAUUCAUUGCAACAGAUAUCGGCUCUAGUUUGUAUGUCAGGGAAGACGACACGGACGAUUCGCAUAGCCACCUGCCUCCUGAGUUACGCAGGCGUCUGUCUGAAGUAGGUUGGAUGGAAGACAGUAGACCCGCCGAUCAGAAGUGGGAGUGGGUUAUGACACCAUUAUCAUUACUUCCAAGCUAUCGAAUCGAUCGCAUGGAUGGUAGCGUCGAGCAGUUCUCAUCCUCACCCACUAUGUCUCCUUUAUCCACUCCUACAAAGCCACGUUCUUCGAGCGAUGCAUCUGAGCAUCCUUCUCUUGGUUCAUCUAACCACCUUGGUCGUACGAAGCGUCGUGCGGUGUUUGUACCCUCACUAGCAGCUAUCUUUCCACAACUUGCUUCAUUGGUCUUUGAUCAGCACUUCGCUGUGGCGAGCGCCGCCCGCGGUGUUCUUCUAGACAUGAUGCGUAAUGAUCCCAUACUACCGACUCGCCCUAUAUUUGAUCUUCUGGGAGACGGUCAACUUGCGUCCGCCAUAACUACGAUCCGCGCUUUCCUUCACAUUCGGACUCUGCUUCCCCCCGCUCUGACUCACUAUGCUUUCAAUAAUCUGACUGGGUUUCUAAAAUUUUCUGCUCGGGAAUCGGAAACCCAUGAAGCUCUUUACGGUUUCGCGCUUUCCGUCCCAAUUUUAUCAAAGCUCGUCACUCAAGUCAGCGAUAUGUCCAUUCGAGAGCUACGUCGAGCAAAAGUAGAUAUGUUUCUUAUUCCGACAGGUUCUUUAUGGUUUUCUGCAUCAUCUCCUUCCGGGCCAAUGUUUCCCAGAGAUCUCCAGCUCUCGCGUAACCCAUACGAAACGCCUCCCAGUCUGCUUUGGAUUACUAUGAUCCGCCUAUCCCAGAAUAUGCUCUUUUUAACCAUGUUAAAGCGCCAUCCUCAUGAUGUACAGCAAGUUCGGAAGACUAUGUCAAGGCUGGUUCUUCCAUCGAAAGAUUGUUCAACAGAGGUAAAACCCUUGGAACUAGUCGACUUUAUUCCACACACACUUCACUCACAACGAAUUGGUCUAUCGCUUGACGCUAGCUUAAGGGGCCUAUCUUUAAUGCUAUCACGCAGUUACCUACUCUUGAUUGCUCAGAUUUUUCGAUCCAUGUCUCGCCACCUGAGUGAUCGUAACGAACUGGCUGUCUUGAUUGAUGGACUCAACAGAAUUCUACUUGUUCAUGGUGACGAUAUAGGGAUUGUCUCACAUUCUAUGAUCGCGCUUAUGGUGGCGAGUACUCGUUUCCGCCGUCUGUUCACCUCUGGAGGCGGAUAUCCUCUUUUCAUACCUGCUGUUAUUAAAGUUUAUGCUGAAGCGGAGUCUCAUAUUGGCAUUAGACAGGCCAUCGAGUACGCUGCGAAUCGUUUCUACGCUCUUCAUCAUACGACAUUCCUUUUCCAAAGCCUGGACACUAUGGCUCAUAUUGUAGCUUCCAGCAACGAAGGUGAAUGGAUCACACAGAGUAUAUACACUCUUUUGUCCACACUUCAGAAAGACAUAUCUUCUGGCGCACCUGAUGCUGCUGGAAUUCAUAAUUCAAAUCGAAUGCAAGAACGAGAAGCGCUGAUGGUCAUUACGGCAGAAGAAAAGCCCCAGACCUUUCUUGCCUCCCUUCGACCUGCUGAAAAUCCAAGGAAGGACAAUAUCAUUAUCAAUCUUCCCCAAGAGUACGAGACAAAGCGCUUGCGGAUGGAUGAUUUUGUACGAUUGUUUUUAACGGUCAUCGCUCACGAUCCAACUAUUCUACGGGCUGCGCACUUUUUGCGGCUAUUAAGGUAUUUGGCGCCAUCAUUCUGCCAGUCACAAAGUGCAAAGCCAGUUCUCAGAGAGGGAAUCGAAGCGCUAGGGGUCAUACUUAUUCGUGCAACAGCGAAGCUCAAACCGUCGGAUGUUCUACCAGCCCAAUCAGUGGCCGAUUUGGACCUCGGUGAUCUAUACCAGGAAGCAUUCCUAGGGGGGAUUCUCCAUAAUAUGUCCAAAACCCCCUGCGAUGUUGCUUCUAUGCGCACAGAUUACUUAUCACUCGUCAAUGCCUUCAUCCGCGCUGGAGGCAAGUUAACUUCGGCCACCUUCCAGCGGCUAUUUGAGCUUGUCAAGCUUACGCCUCGAGAAUCGGCUAAUCAAAGCGAGCAAAUCGCCAGUUUCCUGUCUGAUUUCUCUCGAUUAUGCUUGCUCAGGGUGGAUCGACCUGGUUCAAAGGAGACACUUUCAAUACUACAAAAUCUUGCAUCAGUCAUGGCUGUCUACGCAUCGUCUGUUGGCUUUGCCGGCGUUUACGAAGCCAUCGCUCAGCUUUCAUCCGAUCUCGUGUACACGAAUGACUCGUCGUUUUGCCGUCUCGUUGUAACUGAAGUGUGCAGAGCAGGUUUGGAAGCGUACCUAGCAAAGUUUCGCGAGGAGCUACCAUCCUUGGCGUCUGCUAGCUCUAGUCUUGUCCAUCUUUUAUCGCAGGCUGUGUCAUUCCAUGGCGCGGACGUGCUUGCAGAGAUCGAGAGACUUCCCCCUUCACAUAGCUUGCUGAUGGGAGUGGUUUUACCACUAGUGUUGAAGUUGAAGACAGCGGCUGUUAUUGUUGCAGAUGGGCAUCAUACGGAUACUUGGCGACGGGAUACACAUGCCAACGCGUGGAUGCGACUUUUAUCAUACGCCAUGACAGCGUGCCAGGCAAAGAUUCGCAGUCAGAAACCCUCUCACUCUCCUGAACGAGCCAAAUCCCUGGUUAAGCGUCACCUGAGGUCAAGUACGGAAAGGAUUAUGACUAUUUUCGCUUCCCUUCAAGUCAUCAAGGCCAUUAUAGUCCGUGCAGAAGACGAUCUUUCAAUUGCUCUUACAGGCAUAUGGGCUCGUGUGGCGUCCUUCCUCAAAUCGCUUCUUGUUGAAGGAGAUGCGAGGUUCGCCAUCAAUCGUUUGGACCAAUCCGCUCCCCCGUCUCCCUUGCAAUCACCCCGUUCUAGUCUAGGCUCCAUCGGCAACCCCUUCAAUAUAGCGCCUCCCGACAUUCGUCGACGUUCAGAAUUAGUGCUCUCGCAGCCAAGAAUCGUAGAUUAUAUGCUAUGGUCUUUGCUUGAGCUUGUAUGCUUAUGUCGAAACCCUCUGCAGCUACAGCUGCGACUAUUGGGUCAAGAAAAGGUUGCCCUUCUGGACCAAGAAUUACGAUUACAAUUCACAAGUGCGACGAUCCCUCGGGGACGUCGUUUAUCGUCUUCGAUCUUCUCUAAGCCACGUCGGCGAAUAUCUAGUAUCCAUUCCAAUGUAUCAUCAGCCCCAAAUACUCAGCCUAUUCAUGUCUUGCCACCAGCUCCCAAUGCUGAUAUGUGGCAAGCCGGUUUUGAGCGGUUUUCAACGUUAUCCCCCGGAGGCACCUCACCACAUCAUAUCGUGCAUCUUGGUCCCGUCCGCCAGAAUUAUUUAACUGAUAUACGGCGAUCCACUGAAUCCACACAGGGUAUCGGACGGGACAUACACCAGCUUACGAAGUCCGCGACUGUCAAAUCACAGAGUUUGGUACGUGCAACAUAUCAGAGAAUUCGACGAGUUCAAGCCUAUAUGGGCUAUGACGUGUUACUUCCCAUGCAAAAUGGUUUCGAGGCCAAUCAAAAUGUAGAUGAAGUGAGAGCAUGGACGAAGAGGGAGGCUAUUGAAGCACUUUUGCUGGAAACGAAAUGGCUCUCAGAAGAAUUUGAAGAAAUGUUGAAGGAAGCAGAGGAUGAUACUGUGAUCGUUGACGUGGAUGAUCCACUUAGAUUCUAA